CGCGCGACGGUGGUGUCAGAGAGUAGAAUCUUUAAUAAGAGACAUUGUUGCUUUACAACUUGAGAAUUCGCUAUACAGGUUUACUGUAUCCUAUAUAGCUAUGACACACUUUUGGUUAGCCUUAGCUGCUAUUACUAUUAAUAUUGUUCAGUCUGUAGGGACACAGAGGAUCAGACUACAAAACAUUCAGUUAGAAUAUCAACCUUCGGUACCACUCUCUGAGCAUUACCAAAGGAAAUGUAAUCGAGAACCUUCAGGAUAUAAUAAACCCAAAACCCCCGGAGACAACGGAUUUCAAAUAAAGGUAUCAGGAGAACCUCAGAAGUAUGUUCCAGGAGAAGUUUAUACAAUUUCCCUACAAGGAUAUAGGAGACAGUACAGUAUCCAGAAAUUUACCGGUUUUAUGCUUGUGGUUGAGCCUAAAGAAGUUGUAAGCAUCUUCAACUUUGGCAACAAGGCAUCAGGGAAUGUUGGCUUCUUUCAGUUAUAUGGAGAUGGCCUGUCUAAGUUCUCUGAUGACUGUCCUCAUACCAUCGUCCAGACUUCAAACAUUCCAAAGUCCGAGAUUCAGGUGAUGUGGACAGCUCCUCCUUCACUGUCUGGAUGUGUUGUGUUUAAAGCGACAAUUACAGAAGACAAAGAUGCUUGGUACAUGGACGACGGAGGCUUGACUAAAGAUUUAUGUGAAGACGAACAAGAAAGGAAAGACGAACAGCCAGAUAUCAUUGAAGACUGCUGUGCGUGUGACGAAGCUAAAUAUGAAGUUUCAUUUGAAGGGUUAUGGUCUCGACAUACACACCCAAAAGACUUUCCAUCCAAUGAAUUAUUACCACAGUUUUCGGACAUUAUCGGCUCUUCGCAUACGGCUGAUUUCCGGAUGUGGGAAUACGGUGGCUAUGCUUCUAGGGGAUUAUGUCAGCUGGCAGAGUUAGGGACCACAAAGAAACUUGAAUCUGAACUGAAGACUGAGUCAGAUAAAAUUAGGACUAUUGUCAAAGCAAGAGGGCUGUGGCAUCCAAACCUGAACGGAAAGACGUUUGCUGUAUUUCGAGUGGAUAAAAAACACCAUCUGAUGUCGCUACUGAGCAAACUUAGCCCGAGUCCCGAUUGGAUUGUUGGAGUCAGUGCUCUGGAACUGUGCAUGAAAAACUGUUCCUGGAUAACCAAUAAGGUCAUGAAUCUUUAUCCUUGGGACGCUGGAAUACAUGAUGGACAAUCCUACUUAUCGGAGAUAUCGCCUACGAUACCACAAGAUAAGAUUAAGAGGAUAACAUCACAUGACCCAAGCAGCUCACAAUCUCCCUUUUUUGAUCCCACCGGAUUUCCUAUGAAACCAGUGGCGAGGUUAAUAAUUACACGGCAGAGACUUUAUGAAAAAUCCUGUGAAGAAACCGAAAUAUUUACAGAUGAUCCAGAAAAAAUGGAUAGAUAUGAUUCACCAGAAGAAGCAGAUUACCUUGAGGUAGAAGACUGUGAAGUGACAGAAUGGACAGACUUCAGUUCGUGCAGUGCCACAUGCGGCCGAGGAAUACAGAUGAGAAGCAGAAAUUUCGUAAAUGAACAAAAUGCUCGGAAGAUGAAAUGUCUCACAGAACUGACAGAAAAGAAACACUGUGAUAUGAAAUGUGAGGGGAACGUGAGUUGUAAAACGAGUGAUUGGACUGAUUGGACAACAUGUAGCGUGACGUGUGGAAUAGGUUCACGAUCUCGUCGUAGAUACUACCUGAAUCACGAUGCUCGCAAAGUUUGUCAGGAAGAGCUGUUGGAACAACGGUCCUGUGUAGAAUCCCAAAGCUGUGAGAUGAAUCCAAAGUGUUCGGUAAUUCAGUGGUCUGAGUGGUCGCCCUGUACCACUUCAUGUGGUAAAGGGAUAAAGUUCCGCACCCGACUCUAUCUGAACCCUUCGGAAUCAGACACGUGUAACCAAGAUCUGAUGCAGAAAACCACUUGCGGAGAAGACAAGCCGCCAUGUUUUUCUCAACUUUCAAACGCUAAAGCUAUUCCAAUAAUUCCAGAAGUCUGCAUUCUGCCAAAGGAUGUUGGCCCCUGUCGUGGAUUGUUUAAACGUUGGUAUUUCGACACCACCAAGCAAGCUUGCAUUCAGUUUGUUUACGGUGGUUGCCGUGGCAACAAGAACAAUUUUCGUCGCUAUAACGACUGCAAAAAAAUAUGUGAAAAUGUGUUGAAAGAUUCUCUCCACUUUCUGACUCCGUCGUUGCGGUAUUAUCUGUACAAAACUGGUAACACCGUUACUCAUCUUAAAAAUAGAGUUCUGUGUGUUCCUCUGAGCACGCUUACCGCUUUAUCUACAAGAACAUACGACUCCAGCAACAAGCUCAUAGUUGACUGCGAAGUAUCAGAAUGGUCUGAAUUUAGUUCCUGCAGUGCCACCUGUGGAAAGGCACGUAAAGAACGUCGUAGAAGGAUUGAGAUAUAUCCACAAAAUGGAGGGAAAAGGUGCCCUAAUAAGCUUGUACAACGUCGAAAGUGUAGAAACAAUCCAAAAUGUGGUAAGAAUAUUACACCUUAGAAAGUAAACAAUUUAUCAGAAUUAAAAAAGAAAAAAACAAACUUUUACCUUCUUUUAUUCAUGUAUCAGAGUUUUUGGUUCAAUUUUAAGAAAUAUUACCGAUUUCAUUAGUCGCUAAUUAAUAAUUUAUUGCACUAUAAUUAUGAGUUUUAGAGCCCUAUAAUAAAACCUUUUGCACCUGGUUUGAAAGGUAACAUAUUAAGUGUUUUCUAAUCUAUUUCGUCUAAUUAUUUCACUAUUAAUAACACAGAAAGUGUUACAGUAGCUUUCGAUCAAAAUGUGGAAUUUUAUUUACUAUUCGCCAGACGGUGUCUCUUGGUCUGUGGUGAACAGAUGGAAGGAAAUGAUUAAAGUACUUUUCUAACUACAAUAACUAUUUAGUUAUUUUUCAACUAAAGCUAUAAGAAUCCCAAAACUCCUAUACACGUUUUACCUAUAUUUCAUGCUGCAAAUCCCACGUUGUUUCUCAUACUACUCGAAAUAAUACGCAUAAACCUUUCACUUUUCAAACGUACUCGCCAUGGUCGUAGGAGAUACAUCUUAACAUCUUUCAUACAUCCAAAAAAGCUUGUGUAAUAUAUAUAUAUCGGACAACGUCAAAAACAAAAAAAGAACUGAGAACUUUAAAAUGAAAACGAUAACAUUAAAACUAGAGACCACAUCCAAUGCAAGUUUCACUGUACCGUAUUUCAUCUCUCCAACUUGUUAUUCUUAUAUGUUUACCAUAACAUUGUUUGUAAUUUGACCUUAUACUUUUUCAACAACUACGACGUAGCUGUAAUGAUUAUUUUUAUACAAGCUUCUCUUGAGUGGAGUUACUUUUUUGGGUACAUUCUAUGUUUGAAUUAUAAUACACAAAAUAGUAUAUGGCAUUCCGUGUUAUAAUUAUUUUUGUUAAAUUCAGUGUUAGUUGUAUACGAUAUUCUUGUGAACUUGAUUAGGCAAUGAAAUAAACAAAAACGAUUUUUUGUGAUGUAAUCCACCAUACUGAUCUCCAUUAUGCUGAUUUAUAAUUUCAAGUAAAAACAUUUUCAUGUUUUUUUUUUCAGGUUGAAAGGUUUGGAGAUUAAUCGUUCAGUAACAUUGUAUAUAUUGUAUUAUUGUAUAGAAUAUGCUGUGUAAUCAUAUUAGAUUAUCUGUCUGUAGUUCAUGUGAAUAUUCUAUAUUCACUAUAAUAAAAAGGAUUAGAUUUGUCUCUUA